AGACAGCUGAUGGUAUACUGUCUGCCAUGUUGAGAAAAACUUCACUUCCCAUCAGUUAUUUGGCAAUGCGUCAUUGCUACGAUUUACGUUGUGUGUGCGCCAUCAUUGGUGGCUCGGUUGUCACUACGAAACAGCGGUAAAGGACGUAUCAAGCAGCAAGAUGACUGAUUGGGCUGGAUAUGGGUAUGCAGCCCUCAUUGCAUCCGGGGGAGCGAUGGGCUAUGUCAAAGCAGGCAGUGUCCCCUCUUUGGCAGCAGGUCUUCUAUUUGGGGGCCUAGCUGGGGUUGGUGCCUACCAGAUAUCACAAGAUCCCAAAAAUAUUUGGGUGUCAUUAGUCACAUCAGGAGCCCUGGCAGGUGUGAUGGGAAAGAGAUUCUACGGCUCCAGGAAGAUUAUGCCUGCUGGAAUGAUGGCAGCAGCAAGUAUCCUUAUGGUGGGAAAGCUCAGUGUUGGAAUGCUGCUGCAGAAGCCCCAGGAGUCAUAAUACACUGAUGUGAACACUUUCAGACACUGAUGUAAAAAUCAUUAUCCUCUUUCUUUUCCAUUGUCUUGUAUUAUUCAGGCACAACCGGUCAUCAGUCAUAUGUGGAUGUUAUUUUGUAAAAAUGUAUAAUUGAACACUGAUUUAUCUUGUUUAUAAAAUUACAAGGAUGGCA